AUGCAUGUCACCAUUGAUAGGUCUAAUUGCCUUCAUGAGCUUAACAUUGUUGAUCGCAAGGAGCAGAUAGAAAAGGCAGAGGUGACAGAACGCUUAGAGAAGGAAAAAGAAGAGAGAGAAAAAAAAGAAGCUGAGGAAGCUGCUGGUAGGGAAAGCAAAGCUGAGGGAGCUAACAUUCUAGAAGAAGAACCAAUAAAGAGUAGCAAUGAUGAUAAAAUCGGGCCACUGGAAGACUCUCCUUUGGGACAGGUUACUCCAAUUUAUGCUUAG